GUAGCAUUGAGGACAGACGUCACACACCGAUCGAGGUGUCCAGAGCGAAGGGGUACCCGCGCUCUUUUACAGUUUCAUGAAGAUGUUGUCAGGACGGUUGGCAGCGGCUGCAGUGGUGGCCGUGUUGGUACUGGUCGGGGUGGUGUCAGCUGACCCCCGCUAUGCCAGACCUGGAGACCACGAGCCCCUGCAGCAGAAGUGGCAGCGGCCCGACCGGCUGGCGCGGCGCGUGUGCUACUACGAGUCGUGGGCCGUCUACAGGCCGGGCGAUGGAGUCUACGACGUCGAGGACAUCCCCGCCGACCUGUGCACGGACCUCAUCUACUCCUUCUGCGGCCUCUCCAACGUCACGUGGGAGGUCAUGGUCAUCGAUCCCGAGAUAGACAUAACCCAAGGGUCUUAUCGCCGGUUCGUGGCCCUGAAGGAGAAGUACCCGGACAUGAAGACCCACAUCGCCGUCGGGGGCUGGGCCGAGGGGGGCAAGAAGUACUCGCAGAUGGUCAGUCUGAAGGAGAGGCGAGAUACCUUCGUCAGGAGCGUUGUGCAGCUGCUCACCGACUACGGGUUCGACGGCUUCGACCUGGACUGGGAGUACCCCGGGGCGAUGGACCGCGGCGGCACCUUCGCCGACAAGGACAACUUCUUGAAACUGGUCGAAGAAUUAAGAGCCGCGUUCGAUUCCGUGGGCUUAGGCUGGGAACUUACAUGCGCCGUCCCCGUGGCCAAGUUUAGGCUGCAGGAGGGUUAUCACGUGCCCGAACUUUGCAGCUUGUUAGACGCCAUUCACCUGAUGACGUACGACCUGCGGGGUAACUGGGUUGGCUUUGCUGACGUCCACUCCAUGCUGUACCAACGACCAGACCUCGACGAGUGGGCUUACGAGAAACUGAAUGCGAACGACGGCGCCCUUCUGUGGGAGGACUUUGGCUGCCCUCGCGACAAGCUGGUGCUGGGAACCCCCUUCUACGGGAGGACCUACACGCUGGGCAGCCCCGAUAACAACGACCUCCACGCGCCCAUUAAGAAGUGGGUGGGCGGGGGGAACCCUGGGCCCUACACCAACGCCACGGGAACUCUCGCUUACUUCGAGAUCUGCAGCAUGAUGGUCCAGGACUCGGCUUGGGUGGAUCGCUACGAUGACGUCGGCCUCGUUCCCUUCACGCAUAAUGGUGACCAGUGGGUGGGCUACGAGGACCCGGCCAGCCUCAAGAUCAAGAUGGACUACAUCCGGGACAUGGGCUUCCUCGGGGCCAUGACGUGGGCCAUCGACCAGGACGACUACAAGGAGUGGUGCGGCCAAGGCAAGAACCCCAUGAUGCAGACGAUCUAUGAUGGGAUGAAAGAUUAUUACGUGCCAGUGGCCCCAACAUGGAUGCCAACCACCCCCAGCCCUUGGUGGACCCCACCGACCACUACCCGGGACCCCAAUGCCCCCAGCACCACCACCAGGGACCCCAACGCCCCCACGACCACCCUCGGGCCCAUGGACUGCUCGGUGGCGGACUACUGGCCUCAUGAAGACUGCGACAAGUACUACUGGUGCUACGAGGGCGUGCCCCACCUGGAGGUCUGUCCGCCGGGCACGGUGUGGAACCAGGGCCCCCACAUCUGCGAUUGGCCUCAGAACGUCGACACCUCUAACUGCAACAUGCCCCCUCGCGCCGCCAAGCCACGUGCAGGUCCUCUCAAUGUUGUCGCCAAGAAGACCGGACACUUAAAGCGAGCUCCAGUGAAGGCAGAGAGCAAGAAAUCAGGUCCAAUGGCCACCGGGGUCCGCAUUCCCCCGCUACUGCAGAAGGCGAGGAUGGAGAUUCCGUGAGGAGACGGAGGGAGGGCGUACCCUGAACAUUUGGGCUAAUUCGGGGUCUGUUGAAGUUACAAUAUAUAUAUAUAUAUAUAUAUAUAUAUAUAUAUAUAUAUAUUAUAUGUUUAUAUAUAUAUUAUAUGUUUAUAUAUAUAUAUAUAUAUAUAUAUAUAUAUAUAUAUGUAUGUAUAUAUAUAUUUUGGGGGGGCUUUGAAUGAUAUGUGAUAAUAUUCACGGCCCCGAUCAAAGUGUCAUCUUUUUCAGAUUCAGUAAUCACUAGUUAUGGAUAGUGCAAUAGUGUCAUUAGCUUCAGGACAAGAACACAAUAUGGAAUUUUUAAAAAGAUUAUUGAAUGUGAGAGAUAAUUAUCUUUGGUACUGUAGGUAAGAUGAAUUCCAGUUUAAUUAAAUUUCUAAUUGCUUAAUGGCCCCCGGUUUGGGAAACCCUGUUCUAAGGAAUCGUUUUUUUCCUUCAAAUCAUACACAUACAUGAGAUAUGUUGGUAAAUACACAAAAAUAAAAAAUAAAUCUAAAAUUUAA